GAGUAUUUCCUAUUAAAUGUUCCACAAUACUUUUCAGAGAGACGUGCUAGGCAGUGUUGUUAACUAAAGAAAAUAAGUCUAUCAGUUCCACUUAGAUAACCUUUGGUAAUAAACGAACUCCAUACACGUUGUGACCUUAGCGCCUGAACUUUCUAAUCACAUGACUGGCUUGUAAACUGACCUGUGAGGAUGACUGUCGUAGUCCCAGCUAAGAGAGAGAAAUUGGCCAAGUGUCGGAAGGGUGGUCAUCAAGCUGGACUUGUCCCGUAAUCUCUGUUUCUUCAUGGCUGCGAUAGAACUUCUCAACAGACUCCGAGAAGCAUGAAAUGGAGACAUGGGAAGUUUCUGUUCCAGAUGAUCGGGCUGAACAACGAACCUGUCUCAUUUGUGGGGACCGUGCCACAGGAUUGCACUAUGGAAUCAUCUCCUGUGAGGGAUGCAAAGGGUUUUUCAAGCGGAGCAUUUGCAACAAGCGGGUGUAUCGGUGCAGUCGUGACAAGAACUGUGUCAUGUCUCGGAAGCAGAGGAACAGGUGCCAGUACUGCCGCCUGCUCAAAUGCCUCCAGAUGGGGAUGAAUCGGAAGGCAAUCAGAGAAGAUGGCAUGCCCGGAGGCCGGAAUAAGAGCAUUGGGCCGGUCCAGAUAUCAGAGGAGGAGAUCGAAAGGAUCAUGUCUGGGCAGGAAUUUGAGGAAGAGGCCAAUCACUGGAGCAACCAUGGUGACAGCGACCACAGUUCCCCUGGGAACAGGGCCUCAGAGAGCAACCAGCCCUCACCGGGCUCCACACUGUCCUCCAGUAGGUCUGUGGAACUAAAUGGAUUCAUGGCAUUCAGAGAGCAGUACAUGGGGAUGUCUGUGCCUCCACACUAUCAAUACAUACCGCACCUUUUUAGCUAUUCCGCCCACUCGCCACUUCUGCCCCCACAAGCUCGCAGCCUGGAUCCUCAGUCGUACAGUCUGAUUCACCAGCUGGUAUCAGCGGAGGACCUGGAGCCAUUGGGCACGCCCAUGUUGAUUGAAGAUGGGUAUGCUGUGACUCAGGCAGAGCUGUUUGCCCUGCUUUGCCGCCUAGCCGAUGAGCUGCUCUUUAGGCAGAUUGCUUGGAUCAAGAAACUGCCUUUCUUCUGCGAGCUCUCAAUCAAGGAUUACACGUGCCUCCUGAGCUCUACAUGGCAAGAAUUAAUCCUGCUGUCUUCCCUCACUGUUUAUAGCAAACAGAUCUUUGGGGAGCUGGCUGAUGUCACUGCCAAGUAUUCACCCUCUGAUGAGGAACUACACAGAUUUAGUGAUGAAGGGAUGGAGGUGAUCGAGAGGCUCAUCUACCUAUAUCACAAGUUCCAUCAGCUAAAGGUCAGCAAUGAAGAGUACGCUUGCAUGAAAGCAAUUAACUUCUUAAAUCAAGAUAUCAGGGGUCUGACCAGUGCCUCACAGCUGGAACAACUGAACAAGCGAUAUUGGUACAUUUGCCAGGAUUUCACUGAAUAUAAAUACACACAUCAGCCGAACCGCUUUCCUGACCUCAUGAUGUGCUUACCUGAGAUUCGCUAUAUUGCAGGAAAGAUGGUGAAUGUACCCCUGGAGCAGCUGCCUCUCCUCUUUAAGGUGGUACUGCAUUCCUGCAAGACCAGUGUGGGCAAGGAAUGACCUGUUCCCAGCGCCCCACCUCAGGCCAACUGCAACGCCUUGGGUGGGCAGGACAGGCUCCAGAAGAAAGAGCCAGAGAGACCAAGGUGGAGGCUGUGGAGCAGUGUUUCCAGUCGCCUCCAUAGCAAGAAGAGUUUUUGUUUGUUUGUCUGUUUUUUUAACCUCAUUUUUCUAUAUAUUUAUUUCACGACAGAGUUGAAUGUAUGGCCUUCAACAUGAUGCACAUGCUUUUGUGUAAAUGCAGCCGAUGCAUUUCCUUGCAGUUUACAGAAUGUGAAGAUGUUUAAUGUUAUAGUGUUGUCAUUGUUUAGAGAUAGUUCUUUUGUAUUUUGAGGGAGAGGGUGGGAUGGGGCUGAGAUGAGUAUUUCCAUGAUGUUGACAAAGACGACUACCUCAGUGGGAAGGGAGGGAUGUGACCAUCCCUACUUUUUCCACAUGUUCUCAGCAGACUCCUACAUUAGUCUGUCAGAGAGCGAACUGCCUUUUUCUAGCUACCGAAUUGCCAGGUAAAAGUAAAAGAGCACAUCAUAAAGGGGCAAAGUGGUGUUGGGAGGUUUAUCAAGCAAAGUGGGGAAGACGUUGGGAACAGGACAGGAGAUAAGGAUUUAGCCAUCUCUUUUCUUUGGAAAGCAUGACAGUUGAGGGGGAAGGGCACAGUGACCAAAUCUAAGUUAGGUGUCCUCCCUCCAUACAAGUCCUCAGGGAGAAGGGUUUCUGUUCUCACACCAUGCUGUGGGCUCCCCCUGCCCCCACCGUCUGAACACCACUGUCAGUUUCUGCCACUGUCAACUUUUCAUCCACACAAGUGCUUGGCUGUAAGUUAAUUCUUGGGACUUGUCUACCAGCUCCCUAGGGGUCACAGCUACUUAGUUUCUUUACCUGGAUCUACCAAGGUCCACUUUCCUCAGACUCCUGUCUCUCUCUUAUAAAUUUGGCUUCCUAUUGGCCCUUUGAAAAAAACUGAACAAAAUGUCAUGCUCUGAAUCCUGGUGCCCACUGCUAAUUUAUUCUCCUUUCACCUUGCUUUCUUCAAAGGGUAGUGAGACAAAGGCCAGACUGCCAGAAGAAUCAUCUUCCUUUCCCUGUUCCUCCCCUCACCCCAUCUCGUCCCACCCUCAGGACUGAAUCCCAAACCUGCAGUCUUUCAUACAGUGGGAAGGACCAUCCCCCCAUCUGCUGAACGGAAUUUUUGCCUCUUCAUUCUACUCCCAAGUUCUCCUAAUCUCUCCAAAGUGAGACCAGGUUUCCUUAGAAAGCCCAAGGAUCAGAGUGGCCCAGCUGCCUGUUAGACUAUCAGUGGCCUGGCUGACCAAGGCCUAGAGGGCUGGAGUCCAAAGCACCUGGAAGGGAAGUGGCAGGGGGUGGGGUGAGGCUUGAAACUACCUCAUGUUCCUCAGGGUCCGGCUACCCCCUCUGCAGAUAUGGCCUGGACCUCCUAGUCUUUCACUACCUGCCCCACCUAGUCCUGGGAAAUGUUCCUUACCCUCUUGGCUUUGGCCAGCGGCCAUACCAUGUCUGUCUUAGAGUUCUUUCAGGUGCUUUUCCUUUCUUUGCCUUACUAGAGCAGUUGUCUCUGCCUUUACCCAGGUGCCUCCCACAGCCAGUGCAGCAGACAGACCACUUAACUGGGUGCCUCCCUGGGUGGGCUUGAGGGGCCCACAGCAUUUUGUUUUUCCUGUUUAGUCAAAGGUCUUUUGCUCUCUUCCCAACCCGGCCUUGCAAACUUACCCGGUCAGCCACCACAUCAUGUGCAUACCAGGUAGUCCGUGUCAGAUUGUAAUCUUUUCUUCCCAGUGAAAUGUUACGGGUACCGGCAGAAUGAUGACUUUGUCCCUUGAUGGAUCUAAAACUCAGAGCAUUUAUUAUUCCUUAAUGCCAUUUCUCCAGCUGCUCUGAAAAAGAAAAGAGACAUGUUCCUCAGGAAAAGCUCCAACCAGAAUGUUUUUCACUAGUUGAUGGGAAGUGUUUUGUGUGUGUAUCUGUUUAUUUCUAAGUUCACAAUAUUUUUGUUCCCCUGAAUUUUUUUAUUUAACCAACUAGAUCACAUUCUUUGGCUACAGGUCAGACUCCAAGCUGCUUUCCUCAAGGUAGGGGAGGAGACAUAUAUCAGAGUCCCCUUCUCCAAGACUGCUCCUGUGUGCAGUAUCUUUCUUUGCUCUAGACCUCCAUGUGUCAAAUUAUUUUUUGAAAUUGCUUUUCUCUUAAAUUAAGCAUUUUACCGGUUGUGUUGGAUAUCAAAGGAAAUUGCUCUCUGACAAGGCAAGAGCAUGUCUCUCCAAUAACGCAGCAUUAAACAGAGCAAGUUGUUAAUUUGUGGAGUGGGGGAAAGGUUCUGCAAGUUGCCAUUGUACAAAUCCAUUUUUACAAAUGUUUGCAGCAGAUUCCACAGAACAAAGAGCCCAUUCAUUGCCAAGAGCCCUGCAGAAUUUCUGAGCCAAGUGGCCGUGUGUUCCAAGCCGGAGCCUGACCUGUGGACAGCCUUUAAUGUCUUCUGCACCCAGUCCUUUUAUGACGUGGGCUUUUUUUAAACAGGGUAAAGUGAAUGUGUUGCAUUGCAAACUCAGGUAUUAGGAGGAGAAGGUAGGAGUGUAGCUAGCAGCGUGGAGACAUUAGGUCAGCCACUAGAUGUAUUUGUGAAUUUGGUUUGAAGGACACAGAGAAAGGUUGGAGGGGGAGGUUUGGUGUGUUUGUUUUUUGCCUUUCUUCCCAUAAUGUUUGGUUAACAAGGUAGCCUUUUUGCUAGUGGAAGAAGAAAAAAGUUGUGCAUGUUGUCUCUAAUUCCCUUCUCUUCUGUCCUCUCUCUGAUCCCCUGCUACCAACAGCGCUCACUUUGAGUGAGAGUUUUUCCACCAUAAAACUAUAACCCUGAAAGCUGUGGUAAAGCUGUGUGCACUGCAUUGAAACACACAGGCUUUUCCUUUCCUUUCCCAUUAAGUGUUUUCUCGACCCAAGAUAAAAGUUUGGAAUCUUGGAACUUCACCUACAACUUAUGCUCUCUGGCUCCUUUGUAGAAUUUUGGAAUUUUUCACAAGGUUCAGUGGUCUCGCCCUUAGUCUGGAGAAACUCCCCAGAACCUGUCUCUAAGCACUCCACCUGGCUCAGAGGACACCCGGCCCCAUGUCUGCCCCGUAAGUGAGGUGAGCAAGCCUCCAGGGAUAGAAGGCAGCACGCAGGAACCUCCUUGUCCUGUUCUCCAGAACCAGAGGAUGCAUCAAGGGAAUCUCAGGGUCUCUAAGGCAUUGCUGACAGUCACCCACCCCACACCGACUUGCUUCUCACUUGCCACCCCAUUUCAGGGAUGUGAGUACCUGCCAUGGCCAAUACGUUACCAGGUCCUUAAAACCCUGGGCUCUCUGAGUUAGCUACCUUGUUCUCCCCAUUUCCUAACUUUGUUUGUUCUUGAUUUCCUGAGGAAUGGGACAGAUGGAGACAGAUGAACAAACACACUGGGCAGCACCUAAGCCAUGUCCAAGGUUGGCCGAAGUAAGGGGACCCUGGCCUCUCAGUAGGGCAGGAAGUUGAGCAGUUGUUCCAAGUCUUGAGCUCUGGGCCCCUGGUUUAUAUGCCUUUUUCCUUGUUGCUUUUUAAAAUUUUGCAAUUAUUUUAAGAAAUCCAGGCUUUCAGACCAGCUCUUUUAUUAAACUUUUCUUUAUUGAUUUUUUAAAACAAAAAACAAAACUAAAACAAAAAACAAAAAAAAAAAACAAAAAAAAACACCCACACUAUUCUUACUUUCCCCAACUUGAUCCAUGAGAAUCCCCUACACCCCCCUCUGCCUUUGCAGUUAAUCAUUCCUCCCUUUUUCCUCAGCUUGAAGCAUCUAUGUCCAGUGUCUGUGAAAUGAUGUUUUAUCUGUGUCUCAGGAUGAGAAACGGCAAUCAUUCCACCAGGUGCUGGAAACUGAUUAGCCUCGAGGCAAGGGUUUCUAGGGCCACAGCUCAGGGAUGUGUAUUUAAUUACAGGGUCCCCAGAAACCCCUCUCUUGGCUGCCACAAGCAGCAGCUUCUUUUUUUGGGCUUGAGAGCUAGGCCUGGACUGUUUCCUCAGAAGCAGGAGCCCUAGAGAACAUGUGGAGUCUGGGAGCAAGCUGGGGCUUCCUUCUCAGCUAGACCUGGGCUACCUUGAAACUUGAAGACUUCUGGCUGUCCUGCAACAUGAGCCACGGUGGCUCUGCCUCAGUAUACCAGCUCAUAAAAAUGCCUGGUCCCUCUGCCCAAUCCAGCUCCUGUCUGGCCUCCCUCCUCUGGGCCUGCAGCCCUAAAUGAAGCACAGCCUGCUCAAGAAUCAGUUGCAGGCUCAAAGGGAAGCUGUGAGGUAGGCCAGAGUUUGCUCCAAGCCCAAGAAGAAAGUUGUGUUACUGGUGGAGGCUGGUCUUCUAAAUCCUGGAGCCAGCCCUGCCAGCCAAAGGAUCAUUUUUGCCCUUUGGUGACCAUUUUUUUUUUUUUUUUCUUUCUCUGAAAUGUCUUAUAAUAGGUAAGAAUGUUGUUGACUCAAAUUUCCAUGAAAAAGAAAAAAAUAAAACUACCUCUUGAAUGACAUCCUGAUCGAUUCCUCCCUGAGGAAUCCUGUGGGAAAAGAAUACUGCAGCUCCCUCUCUGUUUACAUGUUUCUGUCAGGAAAGAAGCCCUGCCUGCCCUGGGGUGUUGGUGUUUUUGUCCGUGUUGCCAUCCCAGGCUUGCGAUAGGGGCUUGUGGCUGCAUUGCAAUGUCUGGGCUGCGUCUGGGGAGUCCCAGCCACCUGCCCAGCCAUGGACUAGCCACCCCCCGCCCCCCUGCAGAGAUCACCAUUUCCUUCCUGUGAUCCAAGGCACAGGGAGCACCACCUCCCACAACCCCACCGUCAGGUGCUGUAGUGGCACACACGUCAGUGAACGUGUCCCUCAGCUGCCUACCGUUGGCCCACUUCCACCCACAGUCCUGUGUAGGAAUCGCAUAAAUGGGAUGUCUCUGAGCCCUUGUCCCCAAAGGGCCGGCCAAGGGCUACCCAGGCCCUCUGCUACCUCCCACCCUGCCAGCUGGCAAGGGAUGGGCCCUUUUCUGUGAAUUGACUACCUGUGGAAAUGUGACCAAUUAGUGUGAAAUGCAUGUUUAGCAAAUGUUAGGUACUGUAUUUGAACCAAUAAAUGUGAAUCCUUCUGCACGUGG